GGUGGGGCAGGGCCGCACUUCCGUGGCUUCGGGAGGGGAAUCACAAAUCACAUUGAGCCAAAAAAACAUCCAGUGUUUUCUGCAGUUACAAACAAAAUGAAUAUUCCCAUGCUACUACAACACCCUCACCGGCAUUUCCUAAAAGGCCUUUUAAGAACACCUUUUCGACGUUACCACUUCAUCUUUCACUCAAGUAGUCAUCGCGGAUCAGGAGUCCCUUGUGCUCAGCCAUUUAAUUCUCCUGGACUCCAUUGUACAAAAUGGAUGCUGCUGUCAAAUGGUUUAAAGAGAAAAUUAUGUGUACAAACAACUUUAAAGGAACACACAGAAGAACUUUCUGAUAAAGAACAAAGAUUUGUGGAUAAACUUUAUACCGGUUUAAUCCAAGGGCACAGGGCCUGCUUAGCAGAGGCCAUAACUCUUAUAGAAUCAACCCACAAGAGGAAAAAAGAGUUAGCCCAGGUGCUUCUUCAGAAAGUAUUAGUCUACCACAAAGAACAAGAACAAAUAAAUAAAGGAAAACCACUAGCAUUUCGAGUGGGAUUGUCUGGGCCCCCUGGUGCUGGAAAAUCAACCUUCAUAGAAUAUUUUGGAAAAAUGCUUACUGAGAGAGGGCACAAAUUAUCCGUGCUAGCUGUGGACCCUUCUUCUUGUACCAGUGGUGGAUCACUCUUAGGUGAUAAAACCCGAAUGACUGAGUUAUCAAGAGAUAUGAAUGCAUACAUCAGGCCAUCUCCUACUAGAGGGACUUUAGGAGGUGUGACAAGGACCACAAAUGAAGCCAUUCUGUUGUGCGAAGGAGGGGGAUAUGACAUCAUUCUUAUUGAAACCGUAGGUGUGGGUCAGUCGGAGUUUGCUGUUGCUGAUAUGAUUGACAUGUUUGUUUUACUACUGCCACCAGCAGGAGGAGAUGAAUUGCAGGGUAUCAAAAGAGGCAUAAUUGAGAUGGCAGAUCUGGUAGCUAUAACUAAAUCUGAUGGAGACUUGAUCGUGCCAGCUCGAAGGAUGCAAGCAGAGUACGUGAGUGCACUGAAAUUACUCCACAGGCGUUCAGAAGUCUGGAGACCAAAGGUAAUUCGUAUCUCUGCCAGAAGUGGAGAGGGGAUCACUGAAAUGUGGGAUAAAAUGAAAGAAUUCCAGGACCUCAUGCUCGCCAGUGGGGAGCUGACUGCCAAACGACAGAAGCAGCAGAAAGUUUGGAUGUGGAAUCUCAUUCAGGAGAGUGUGUUAGACCAUUUCAGGACCCAUCCCGCAGUCCGGGAGCAGAUUCCUCUUCUGGAAAAAAAGGUUCUCAGUGGAGCCCUGUCCCCAGGACUAGCCGCAGAUGUGUUGUUGAAAACUUUUAAAAGCAGAGACUUGUGAAAUGUAUCCUAUAUAAUGACUUUAUGUGACAUUGCAUAAAGUAUUUUAAUAUUAAAGGUCACUUAUAUGCCUUUAUUUUCAGCAGUUAUUUUGUGGUGCCCUUGGCCCCAUUUGUGAACUAUGCUUGAAAAGUCAAAGAAUGUUAGAUAUGGCUGGCAAAGGUCAGGCAGUCGGCAGUAUUUGUAAGGUACCUGUUGUAUGUUACUGAUUUCCAUUUCUUUCUAUUCUCGUACGCUGCCAUGGCAGCUGGUAGGAUAGUUUCUUCUCAUCAGUCAUAAGCAGAGAAAGCUGAGGAGAACAAAAGAAGGUCAUGUACCUUCUUUGAUUUCUUUGAUUCCAUAUUCGCUGAGUUUCCAGAGAAAAUGUAAGCAAGAGUGACCACAUUUCUGAAUUCUUACUUCAGGCUAGAAUCAUACACGGUGGAUUUCCAAGAGCUGAAAAUAAUGACUGGUGUUUAGUGUACCGGAGUAUUCUAGCAAUUUCUGAAAUGGCUGUGUACACCAGUAACAAAACAGUUGGACUGUGUAGUGAUGUGAACACAGUUUUUUUUUUUUAAUUAAUUUAUUUUUUAUUAAUGUUUAUUUCUGAGAGAAAGAGAGAGAGAGAGACAGAGUGUGAGUCGGGGAGGGA